AUGCUUAAAGUGAUUGUUCAUAAUGCCGAACGUGUUCCUAAUUUGGAACGUUUCUCUACUGUUGAUCCAAUGGUUGCAGUUAUUUUUCAAGGUAUUACGAAACAAACGACUUGGCAACGAUCAACAUGUGAUCCAAAAUGGGAUGAGACACUUGAUUUUCCUCUUAAUGGUAUUCCAAUAAAAAGUACAGAUAUAUUAGAAAUUCAUCUUAAAGAUUACGAAAAGAUUGGAACUAAUAAACUUAUUGGUCAAGGUACAAUAUCAUUGAAUGAUGUUAUUCGAACUGGUAUUAUCAAACGACGUACUGUUCCAUUAACAAAUCCACAAGGUGUUCGUCUUGAAGCUACUAAAUUAUAUCUUACACUUGAAUAUAGUCCACCAAAUAGUGUUACCAAUGAAAAACUAAAUUUAAAAAAUGUUGAUGAUAUACCUUUACAAAAUGUUGGUGAUAUAUCAUGGAAAACAGAAUUGGGUAUGGAUCAAACAUUUUUAUCAAAAACUAAAUUACGAUCGAAUAAACUACAAGAUUUUCAAAUACGAAUAAAAAUAUUUCAAGCUCGUCAAUUACAUGGAAGUAAUAUUCAUCCAGUAUGUCGUGUUCGAGUAAUUAAUUCAAUAAAACAAACAAAAAUUCAAAAAGGAACAAAUCAUCCAUAUUUUAAUGAAGUUUUUUUUUUUAAUAUAAAUAUAUCGGAAACUAAAUUAUGUGAUGAAUUUAUUGAAUUUGAAGUUUGUAAUUCAAGAAUAUUUCGAUCGAAUAUGAUUAUAGGAACAUUUAAAACUGAUAUUGCUUAUAUUUAUUCACAAAAUAAACAUUCAAUUAAUCGAAAAUGGUUAUUAUUAAGUAAUGAUAAUGAUCGAAUGACUGGUGCUAAAGGUUAUCUUAAAGUAUCUGUUAAUAUAUUAGGAUCAGGAGAUGAAGCACCAUCACAAGAAAAUGCAGAUGAUAAUGAUGAUGAUAUUGAAAGUAAUGUAUUAAAACCAACUGGUUUAAUGCUUCGUCCAGCAACAUUUAUUCUAAAACUUUAUAAAGCAGAAGAUUUACCACAAAUGGAUAGUUCAUUUUUACAUGGUGUUAAAAAAAUCUUUCAUGGAACUGAAGAUAUUAAAGAAUUAAUUGAUCCUUAUGUUAUAUUUUCAUUUGCUGGACAACAAGUCGCAUCAAAAAUUAUUUAUACUUGUUCACAUCCAGAAUUUAAUCAAGAACUUCGACUUGGUCUUAAAUUUCCAUCAAUGUGUGAUAAAAUUACACUUACUGUUAUGGAUUGGGAUCGUUUACAAUUUGAUGAUAUAACUGGAUCAGCUUUAUUAGAUAUUAAUUCGAUUUGCGAUGAUCGAGAAAAUGGUUUUCUUCCAACAUUUGGUCCAUGUUGGAUUAAUUUAUAUGGUGCACCACGAGAAUAUUCAGAACUUCCAACUGCAUUAGAUGAAUUAAAUAGUGGCAAAAGUGAAGGUGUUGCAUAUCGUGGUCGAAUAUUUAUUGAAUUACAAACAAUUCUUGGUGAAAAUCCAAGUGAAUCUAUUGGUGAAUUAUCAAAUUCAGAUUUAAUUCGUACAUUACCAUAUCAAUCACGAAAAAAAUAUAAAUUACAUGCUGCAUUUCUUGAUGCUUCUAUAUUAUAUGAACAUGAAUCAACAGUUGAAUUUGAAAUAAGUAAUGGAAAUUAUGGAAAUAAAUUUGAUAAUCUUAUUGGAAAUGCAAAUUGUUCAACAACACCACCAACAAAUCCUGUUUUUGAUGGAACAUCUUAUUAUUUUUUACCAUGGGGACAUACAAAACCAUGUGUACAAGUUACAAGUGAAUGGGAAGAUAUUACUUUUAGAUUAGAAGCUCUUAAUCAUUUAUCAAAUAUGAAAUUAUUUAUUAUUGAUCUUAUAUCAACAUUAAACUUAUUAAAAAUAAAAAAAUCAUCUGAUGAAAUUCUUAUUCGACAUUAUAAACAAUCUGUCGAUACGAUUAUUUUAUAUUUAAAAAAACCAUUACCUGAUUUGGAUCUAUAUCGUUAUCAUUUCAAUGAACUUGAUCGAUUAAGACGUCAUAUGCGUGAAAAAAAUCUUUUCGAUAUAAUUUAUAAAUUAGAACAAUUAAAAUUAUAUGUUAAAACAUCACAAGAUAUUUUUGAUACAUUAGAAGAUAUUCAAAAAACUCUUGAAUUUCUUCAAUUUGAACCACAAAAUAGUAUUCCUGAUGUAAUUAUAUGGUUAUUAUCAAAUGGUAAACGUUAUGCUUAUUAUCGUUUACCAGCUAAUGAAGUAUUUUAUUCAACAAAUAUUGAUUAUCGUGGUCAUCUUUGUGGAAAACUUCAAACAAUAAGAUUAAAAUGGCCUGGAAAAGAAACAGAUAUUGAUAAAGAUAAAAGAUUUUUUAUUCCAGCAGAAAUUCGAAUUAAAAUUUGGUUUGGUUUAGUCAUACAUGAACAAGAUUGGUUAUCACAACAAAAAGGAGCUGAUUUAACUGUUUAUGCCGAAACAUAUGAAAAUCAAACAAAUGUACUUGGACAAUGGUCAACAACAGGACCAUUAAUGACUAGACCAGCAUGGUCAGAUGUUACAGGAAAUAUGAGUUUACCAAAACAAAAUUUUCAAGUACCAUCUGAUUGGAAAUGGGAUGGAGAUUGGUAUAUUAGUCCAGAAAUAAGUGCUCGAUAUGCAGAUGAUGCUGGUUAUAGAAAAUUUACUGAAGAAGUUUAUGAACAUCAAUAUCGUUUAAUUGCUGGAGCACAAUGGCAACCAAAAACAAUUGAAUGGACUAAUUUAGUUGGUGAUAAAGUAUCAAGUAAAAAUGAACGAACUGAAUCACCACCUGGAUGGGAAUGGGAAGAUGAAUGGACUAUAGAUACUAAUCGAGCUGUUGAUGAAGAAGGUUUUGAAUAUUGUGUUAAUCAAACAGUUAGUGGUUGGUGUCCAGUAGAAAAAUUAUUUCAUUUAAAUCGUCGACGACGUUGGUAUAGAACACGUAUUCUUAAAAAAGAUUUCAAUAUAGAAGAAAAACAAAAAAAAGAAAUAAAAAUUGAUUUUAUAAAUGAAGGAUGGGAAUAUGCUCCUAUGUUUAAUAUGAAAUUUCAUGCUGAUGAACGAAGUAUGGAUAUGACACGUCGAAGACGAUGGCAUAGAAAAAUGAUUUCUAAUCAAUUAUUACAUAAUGAAAAUAUUAAUAAUAAUAAUUCAAAUGGAACAAUUUUUAUUAAUACAGAUAUUGUUUUUCGUAUGCAAUCACGAAUUUCUAUAGUUACAGAUUCAAAUUCAAAAGGUAAUCAACAAUCAUCGGAUUUCAUAACAACAAAAAAUAAAAAUAUUAAAAUUGAAUUAAAUGCACCAAGAAUGUUUCUUACUUUUAAAAAGCCAUAUUAUUAUGAACUUCGAUCGUAUAUAUAUCAAGCAAGAAAUCUUCUUUCCAUGGAUUAUGAUAGUUUUUCAGAUCCAUAUGCACAAAUUGGUUUUAUUAAUCAAAGUCAACGUACUGAAGUUAUUCAAAAAACUUUAUGUCCAACAUGGGAUCAAACAUUAAUCUUUUCAAAUGUUGAACUUUAUGGUGAACCUAAUGAAAUUUAUCAUGAUCCUCCAAAUAUUCUAAUUGAAUUAUUUGAUAAAGAUGAAUAUGGAGUUCCAGAUUUUCUUGGUCGUGUUCAAUGUUCACCUAUUGUUCGUUUGAUACCUGAUGAAAUAAAUCCAAUUGUUAAAUUAAAAUGGUUUCAAAUUAAAAGAGGAAAAGAUAAUGCUGGAGAAUUAUUAGCAGCAUUUGAACUAUUCUUAUUACCAGAAGUUAAUGAUGAAAAGAGAAUGCCUCCAUAUCCAUCAAAACGUGGUUCUUUGUUUAUUGUACCAGAUUUAAUUCGACCAGAACUUGUUCGAACUGGAAUUGAGAUUCUUUGUUGGGGUGUAAGAAAUAUGAAAACAUUUAUGUUAUCUGAUAUUGAUUGUCCACAAGUUAUAUUUGAAGUUGCUGGUCAACAAGUUGAAUCAACAAUUAUUAAAAAUGCAAAGAAAACACCAAAUUUUGAUAAACCUUUAUUAUUUCUUGAUGUUAUGUUACCAAAAGAUGAUUUAUAUGCACCAACAAUGAAUAUUAAAGUAAAAGAUCAUCGUUCAUUUGGACGAAAACCUAUUGUUGGUUUUCAUAUAAUUAAAUCAUUGGAAUUAUUUCGAUGUGAUCCAACUGCACCUUCAUUAACACUUAUACAAACAGCUAAAUGUAUAGAAGCACAUACUAGCUUAUCAACAAAUGAUUUUGUUAUUCCAAUGGUUAAAAAAAAGAAGAAUAAACAUCGAAAAGAACAUACUCAUUCACCAAAACUUAAGUUUGCAUCAACAAAUGAAACAAUUGAUUUAACAAAAAAUGAAACCGAAAUAAAAGUUAUUGAUAAAAAAACAAUGAGAAAACGUGUAAAACAGUUUUUGAAAAAAUGUAAAUCACCUGUAAUAAAACCAGAAUCGAAAUUAGAGAAAAUUCAAAAAGCAAUUUUGAAAAUUUCGCAAUAUUAUCAAAGUGUACCCGUCAAUCAAGUGACGAUUGCUGAAGAUGAUAUUGAUUGGUGGUCAAAAUAUUAUGCAUCAAAAGAUGAAUUCAAUAAAUGUGGUACUUAUAUACAAAAAGGAUAUGAAACUUUAACAAUAUAUUCUCAUCCACUUGAAUUAUUCGAAUUUUAUGAAGGUUUUAAUGAUUUUUGUCGAACAUUUGAAUUAUUUCGUGGAAAAACAAAAUUUGAAGAAGAAAAUGAAAUUGUAGGAGAAUUUAAAGGUCUUUUUAAAGUUUAUCCAUUAUCUGAAAAUCCAAAUGAAUCAUUACCACAUCGAAUAAUGGAAAAUUUUCCAUCAAAUAAUUUAGAAGAAUGUUUAAUUCGUGUUUAUAUUAUUCGUGGUAUUGAUUUACAAGCAAAAGAUUCAAGUGGAAAAUCAGAUCCAUAUAUUGAAAUUCAAUUAGGAAAAAUAAAAAUUGAUAAUCGAGAUGAAAAAAUACCAAAUACAACAAAUCCUGUAUUUGGAAAAAUGUUUGAAAUUAAAACAAUAAUUCCAUUAGCUAAAGAUUUAAUAAUUCGUAUUAAAGAUUGGGAUUUAAUAACAACCGAUGAUAUUAUUGGACAAACAACAAUUGAUUUAGAAAAUAGACUUUUAAGUAAAUACAGAGCAACAUGUGGACUUCCAUUACAAUAUAAUGUAACUGGUCCUAAUCAAUGGCGUGAUAAUGUUCUACCAAGAAAAAUUCUUUAUGAUGUUUGUAAACGAAAUAAUUUAUCUUUACCAGAAUUACUUGAUGAUCAUUCAAUUAAAAUUGGUAAUACAACUUUUCGUUUGGAUGAUUUCGAACAAGAAAAAAAUUUAACAAUUCAUGUUGGUGAAGAAGAAGAACGUUUAGCAUUGUAUAUUUUACAUAAACUUCGUCUUUGUCCUGAACAUAUUGAAACAAGACCACUUUUUAAUUCAUUUCAACCAUUUAUUGAACAAGGUCGUUUAGAAUUAUUUGUUGAUAUUUUUCCGAAAUCUCAUGGUCCACCUGGACCUCCUUUUAUUAUUACACCAAGAAAACCAAAACCUUAUGUUCUUCGUUGUAUAAUUUGGAAUACAAGUAAUGUUAUUUUACAAGAAACAUCAAUAACAGGAGAAAAAAUGUCUGACAUUUAUGUCAAAGGAUGGCUAACCGGAAUGGAAGAUGAUGUACAAAAAACAGAUGUACAUUAUCGAUCAAUGGAUGGUGAAGGAAAUUUUAAUUGGCGUUUUGUUUAUAAUUUUUCUUAUUUUCCUGCUGAACGAUGUAUAUCAAUUAAAAAAAAAGAAUAUUUUUGGAGUUAUGAUGCUACAGAAUUAAAAAUUCCACCUGUAUUAAAUCUUCAAAUAUGGGAUAAUGAUAAAUUUAGUCGAGAUGAUUUUCUUGGUGCAUUAACACUUGAUUUAAAUCAUUUAUGUAAACCAACUAAAGAUUCUGAUAUGUGUACAUUGGAUAUUAUAAAUGAACAAUUAUCAAAUAAUGUAUCAAUUUUUGAUAUGAAACAUCUAAAAGGUUGGUGGCCUUGUGUUGAUCUACAAAGUGGAGAUCCAAAACUUACUGGUAAAAUUGAACUUGAAUUAGAAAUUUUAACAGAAAAAGAAGUAAUUGAACGACCAGCAGGACGUGGUCGUGAACAACCAAAUGAACAUCCAAAAUUAGAAUUACCAAAACGUCCUGAAACAUCAUUUCUUUGGUUUACAUCUCCAUAUCGUACAUUUAAAAAUAUAAUAUGGAAAAAAUCGAAAUGGUAUAUUAUUAUUAUAUUAUUAUUAAUAUGUUUUAUAAUAUUCUUACUUUUAUUUCUUUGGUCAAUGCCUAAAGCAAUAUUAUCUCAUCUUUUACAUACAUUUAAAUAA